AUGCCUCAGUCUUCAAGAGAGCCCAGGCAUUCAGCACGCGUCGGACAUGAUUCGCACGCACGCUCUUCUCAUCAAGAAGGCAGCUCGCGACGCCGUCGUGACGACAGAUCCCUAUCGCCCGACCGAAGUGGGCACAGACACCCGGAGGAUCGCAAGAGGAGAGGGUCGCCGUCUGGACGGAGAGAGAGGGAAUCGAAAAGGCCACGCUCAUCUGAGAGACAUCGUCAUUAUCAUCAUGGCUCAUCGUCAAGUCGCGUGGAGAAGCAGCCGAGUCGCGUGGCUGCAGAAUUGCCCUAUGGGGCGAGACACCUUUCCAAGGAUGACUUGAAGGGCUUUGAGCCGCUGUUUGCCGAGUACUUGGAUUUGCAGAAGCAGAAGGAUAUUGAAGAGAUGGACGAGCGGGAGAUAAAGGGGCGGUGGAAGAGCUUUGUGGGCAAGUGGAAUCGGGGUGAGCUGGCGGAAGGGUGGUAUGACCCGGAGAUGUUUCAGCGUAUACUUGAGCGUGGUCCGCCGCCGCGGCAGAGGCAACAACAACAACAACAGCAGCAGCAGCACCGUCGACAGCAAUCGGAAUCACCGUAUGAAGAGCCGCCUGAAGCAAGAUACCAUGAUCGCAAUGCUAGCGAGGAUGAGGAUGAGGAGAUGGAUUAUGGCCCUGUUCUUCCCGGAGCAGCGCCGAGCGAUCGCCGAGCCGGUGCUGCGAUUCCCAACAAGCAAGAUCUCGCUCUCCGUGACGAACUUGUUGAAGAGUCUCGCGAGGCUGAUCGGGAAGAGCUGCGCGCCGCGCGCAAAGCGGAUCGCAAACUCCAAAAGGAGCGCCUGGAAGAGCUGGUCCCCCGCGCCGAGGCGGGCACUCGUGAGCGCAAGCUGGAAAAGCGACAGGAGGUCAACGACAAGAUGCGGCAGUUCCGGGACAAGAGCCCCGGCGGAGAGGUGCGCGACAGCGAGCUGAUGGGAGGAGGGGACAGCUUGGAGGAGUAUAAGAAGGCCAAGGAGAAGGAGCAGCGGCGCAAGUCGGAGAGGGAGAUUCGGCGGGAGGAGAUUGAGAGGGCAAAGAGGGAGGAGAUUGAGGAGAAGAGGAGGGCGUGGCAGGAGAGGGAGGAUCGGACGGUGAGUAUGUUGAGGGAGUUGGCCAGACAGCGAUUUGGAGGCUCAUGA